ACUCGGUGUUAAUAAUCUUGAGCUUAUGUAUCAUUCAAUUAAUCCUUUAUCUGUACGAGAUUACAUUUGAACGAUUUCCCGCUAUGAAACAGCUGAUUCAAUUUCAAAUUAACAACUCACCUUUUCCUUUCAUUCUUGAUUCUCAAAUCAUUUUUCGUGAUGUUUCAUUUUCAAAUACUCUAAUUAUGUUAUCUUAAUUAAGUGUGGUUAUUUUAAUAUUUAAUGACUUUGAUGAAGUCUUUAUCCAAUUACACUCACCUUGUUGACAUUUGAUUUAAAUCAAAUGUCUUUGUCUUGAAUCUAAUUUUCAUUGGUUUUAUCCGUCUCUUACACAAAGACUUGAAUAAGAGCAACGUUUUUGACCAUGAUUGCUGUUCAUGCCGGCGCUGGAAUUCAUCUCGAAUCUAAAAGAAGUACUCAUGAAAACGUUUGUAAAGCAGCUUGUGACGCUGGCUUACAAGCUUUAAACGACAAUUUACCUGCUAUCGAUGCAGUAACUCGAGCCAUUAUGGCCAUGGAAGAUGAUCCAAGCACUAAUUGUGGAUAUGGCUCAAACCUUUGCCGAGAUGGGACCAUUGAAUGUGAUGCCAGUUUAAUGGAUGGACAUCGUCUUUUAUGGAGCGGUGUUGGAGCUGUUCCAGGGAUAAAAAAUCCUAUUAAGAUCAGCCAAUUACUACUUGAAGAACAAACAGUCGAAAAUCCUUAUGGAUUGAUUCCACCUAAUAUCAUAGUAGGAGAAGCUGCUAAGCGUUGGGCAGAAAGUCGAGGUUUAAUCACUGCAAAUCUAGAGACAGAGCAAACCCGAUCAGUAUACAACAAAUUACGCCACAAGAUUGAUCGAGAUGACAUAAGCGUACCUAUUAAAUUCAGGCGUUUAGAUACAGUUGGUGCAGUUGCUGUAGAUAAACAAGGCCACGUAGCUGCUGGUGUUUCUUCUGGUGGAAUACUUUUCAAAGUGCCUGGUAGAGUUGGUCAGGCUGCUACUUAUGGUGCAGGUUGCUGGGCUCAGGAUUCAAUAGGAAUCAGCACAUCUGGCAGUGGUGAAUACUUAAUUAAAACUCUAUUUGCUAAAGAGUGUGCUUCUCAUCUUCUACUUAACCCUGCCGAUGAUUUGGUUGAACAAUUUACACAUCUGUUUAGCACAAAAUUUACCGAUUCUCCAUUCUUGAAAAGUGUUAAAACUGCAAAAUCAGCUGGAUUAAUCACUGUGAUUCAUGAUGCUCAAAGAAAUACGAAUGAAUUAAUCUGGGUUCAUAAUACUCCUACCAUGUGUUUGGCUUAUGGAAAAGUAUCCGACAAAUCUCCUAGAUUCAUUUUUUCCAAAUAUCCAGGUCAACUGAAAUCAGCUCCAACAAUUCAAUCGAAAAUAAUAUAAAUUGUGAAUAUGAAUGAGCGGUGUCGAAUUUUCAAACUGGAUCAUUCUUUUAUCCUGAUUUUGCUGCUGAAAUUGACUUUCUAUCGUCAUUAUUUUAUUAUCAACUGCUUGAAUAUUUUCUAUUUAUAAGAAAAAUCCAGUUAACUCAGUAUUUUAUACGAAUCUCUGUUUAUUUUACCAAUAACAAACAACAUAAAAAAUGGCAUGAAAAUUCAAA